CACGCAUGUCUGACAAAUUUGUUUAUCAAAAAUAGAUUCUUAGGCUUAGCGAUUAGAAAAUUAUAAACUCAGCAGAAAAUCAAAAUAAAUAUGUAGUUUUUUAUCACGGUAGAGUUACACCUAAAACAGUUCAAUCUAAUUAAAAAGUACUCGACAAACGAAACACCUUUUUAGCCAUGCGUGUUCACAGCUUCCCAAAGCAAGUUCUUCAACACAGGAUUAGUCGCAUCUCUAGCUUGAAUCGCCGCGUUCUUCAAAGUCCUAAUCGUCCACACAUUAGCUUCCCACCACGAAAGACUCCUAUACGGUAGAUUAUGCUUCUUACAAAGCUCCUUAACCACCGGCGAUACUGUCCGGAGAUGACAACGAGGAAGCCGAGGAAACAAAUGAUGCUCUAACUGAAACUGCAAUCCACCAAAGAACCAAUCCAUAAACGAUCUACACGAUAUAUCAAGCGUACCGGCGGUUUGUUUCUCAAACCAAUCGUUUCCGUUUGGUGGACCGGUAUACACAUCUGCUGCGAAAUGGUUUAAACAGAACUGAACAUGUUGAAUCGCCGUGACGGCGAAGCUCACGAAGACGAAGAUGAAUCUCUCUUGCCAAUUCGGAAGGAACGAGACUAAGAGAGGGAACCAUGUCCAGAAAACUAAAAUUCCGGCGAUGUUCAAGGCCCGAUCUGGGACGUGGCGUUUCGAGAAUAGCAAUAGGAAUGUUUGGAUGAAGAGGUUGAUUCUUCCGACGCACAUUACUGGGUAAAAUGUCCAGUGUUGGUAGCUGAUUAAGAAUCGAGCUAGAGGAUCGAAUGUUAAUUUCCUGCCAUAGAAACGUGACGUCAUCGAAUUGAAGAAUUUUGUAGAGACGGCGAAGAUCGGGAUGUGUUGUAGAUCCGGAUCGUGGUCAAGGCUGUUACAAGCGAUGUGGUGAGCGUUGUGCGUCCAUUUCCACCACGCGAUUGAGAUGCCGGUGAGACAGUUACCGGAGAGAAGCUGGAUUAGUUUGUUACACGGUUUGGUUGACGUCACCGUGUAGUGACCGGAAUCGUGGCCGACGUAAGCGCUUUGGAUCCAGAGGAGACCGAGUAAAACGGCGGAGAUGAGGUGAGCCCAGAUGCUGGUACACGCCAAAACGCCGUAGAGAACCGCCGCGAGCAUGACGCCGACGCACGUGAGUGUGUAAAGAGUCACGUGACCUUUUUUGUCGAAGAGGCCGCGUUUGGAGAACUCGGCGGCUAAACGACGGUAGUCACGUGAGACGUCUGACACGUGGUGGUCUCUCACGUGAUAGCCAUUGUGAAGCUUUUCUAAGUGGUGCCAUGCGGUUCCGGGAUGGUAAGCGAUGAACGCGUCGGUGACGUCUUGGCCGGCGAGAUUGAGAAUCGCUGCUUCGCCUCCGGGAUGAGAUUUAACCCAAUCGGAAACGUCGUAAACUUUACCUUGAAUCGAAAUCCAUAAAUCUCCAGGUUUGUUGUGUUUUUUCAAAUCCUCGCUUGUAACGUAUCUCUUCUUCGUUUGAUCCGCCAUUGAUGAACCAGAGAAAGAGAUUUAGUUCCUAUUAUCCAAAGUGCAAGGAAAUGCACAGAACCCAAUUUGAGAAAGGUUGCAAAUGCAAAACCUUUCUCUCUAUGGAUUCGUAAUUCACAGAUUCUGAAUCGAUUCUACGCCUUCUCUUCCUUAUAUUUGUGUGUGUGUUUUUUGUUUGUUUACUGUUUUGGAAUCGAUGUUCGAAUCUUUGACACUUGUGUUUUAUUUUUAGAACCGUUUUAAAUGGUUAAGCAAUAAAAAAUCCACUGGUUUUAAUUACCUUUUAACUCUAUAAAUGGAAUUGUUGAUUAGAGGAAAACUCCAGUGACAUUUGACAAGGUUGUCUUACAUGUUAAUAUGUCAAUUUGUCAUUAGUUUGGGUGGGUCUAUCAAUUUCUUUUAGUGGUUGACUCAGAAAAACUAGAGUAUCCUCAAGAGCAACUUUAAAGUUGUCAAUAACAGAAUAAAAUCACAAAAGCAGGAAAAAGUGGAAAAGUACUGUUAGUUCUAAACUUUAAAAAUUAGCAUCCUAUUUUUGUGAUUCAAUGAACUUUAGUGGCGGAUACAAAACCUUUUAAAUGGGCUUAUAUUUUUCCUAAUGGGCCAAAGUGUAUAAAUUUAAAGCCCAAUUAUUUCAUAAGCAUCUUCUCAACCUCGCGCGCUCUGUUUUGCUUUUGCCGGCGUCGGAUCUCGGCAAAGUCUCCUCCGUAGAAAUUAUCUAUCUGUUGUGGAACUGAAAUCGCUGGAUUUUGGGGUUUUCUGGUAAGAGGGUCUCCAGGAUGAAUCCGGCGAAUUUUCAGCCUCCAAAUCCUCCGUUCCACUGGGCUCCGAUGUUACCUCCAGACCCGCCUCGUUGUGGUAUGUUUUGGAAUACAAAGAACAUAACCGAUCAGCUUAAACAACUUCAAGAUACGCUUAACCUGGCUAAAUCAAUGGAGAAAGAACUGGAAGCAUUGAAGAUGAUCAAAGACGCCAAAGGUUCUGUGGAAAAUGCAGUACAAGAUUCGGGAGUAGAGUAUUUAGAGGCUAGAAAGAUGGAUUUGGGACAGCAGGAAAUGCUUUCAGUGGAUGCUGCUAACUCCUUGAUGUCUACCUUGAGAGCACAGCUUGAGCCUUUUAGGUUCGUUGUUGAUGAGAAUAGUCCAUGGGAAGAGAAAUCUGCAGCAGUAAGAUUGACUUGCAAAAUGAAGAAAUCAAUAAGGAACAAACUGUGGAAGAAACGAAAGAGACGGUGUGCUGCAGAGAUGCGUGCUAAGGAGCCUGAAAGAUUUGAACAAGCUGAUCGAGAGGCAGAUGAAUGGAGGGAAAAGGAAAUGGCCAAGGACAUGGCAAAUAGAAAGGUUGAUGAGAUGAAGGCAAUUGAGAAGAUCAAGGCAAAACGUGAGCGAAAGAGACUAGAACCCGAGCUUGAACUAGCUCUGAUUGUUGAGGAAAUGCAAGAGUUACGUUCCCUAAGAAUUGAAAAACUAAAGAAGCAAGGACAUUUCCUUCCCGAAGAAGAUGACAAGUUUUUCGAGAGUGUUCGUGCUGCAGUGGAGCAAGAGGAAAACCAAGCUCAGUCCCUAAUCAACACAGAGACCGAAGAGCAUGUCAUUGCCUCUGAGGAGAACACUACUCUCACUACCAGUAACAAAACCAACAACGACACAGAUAAAGAUAGCAAUACUAAUGCAGCUUCUUGUGAAAGGACUAUGAAAGCUCCUGACAAUGGUUGCGACAAUAUAUCGAAUUUACCAGUCGAGGUCUAUCACUACUACUACGGAAGUAAUAUCGACAUGGGUAGACUUAUUGAGGUGAGUUUUAUGUAAAAGCCCUAUCUCUUCUAUAUCAUAUCUUAAAGAAGUGAUUCAGCUGGUUUCUGGUAAUAUAGAUCAGAAGAGAAUGGGAUGCAUAUCUGAGUGCCGGAGGAAGCCGGAUUCCUGGACACUGGGUCCAGCCGUCGCCACCAGCUAAUGAGAUUUGGGCUUCUUGUCUUGUUAAUACUCCCAAAAGAGAUCUUAGUUAGUCGCUGUUAGGAUUCUAGGAUACUGGUUUCAUGCAACACCCUUUACUCAAGAUUAUGCGAUUUGGUCAUUUGCCUCUGUUUUGAAACAGAAACAGAUCACAAGUUUAAUAAUCAAGAACAGAACAAGUCUUUAGCGAUAUCUUAAUCCUCGAUGACAACGUCAUUGUAGAACCAAUUCUUACCACUGGAAUUCGUGUUUCACAUUAGUGGCAACUUAUAUUCAAGUACACAUUUUAAAUACGUCACUUGUCACUGGAAUUUCAACCUUCAAUGAGUUAAGCAUCAAUAUACUUAGUUUUGGAUCCUUGUUAAUUUUUCAAACUUUACACACCAUCUGGUAAAUAGUCAAUUGUAGAGCAUUAAAACCGUCCUCAAGUCGUCCCAUAACAUUUAACAAUUGAUCAAUUAUUUGCAGAUUAAAUUUCCCCGAAAAUAAGUUAAACCUGUUUUGAGGUGAGUUUAUUUGAAAGCCCUCUCUUCUAUAUCAUAUCUUAAAG